AUGUAUAGGUAAGCCUUUCAUCUAAAUGUUCUAUUAUUAUUAUUACUUAGUGCUAAUUGUUUUUUACACUCUGUUUAUGAAGAAUUUAAUACUAAAUAGAUUUUAUUUACUAAUACAAAUUGGAAAUGUAGUGAUUAAACUACUUAAACUUUAGAAGCAUUUAUUUGUAGUAAAGGAAUGGGCUUAGUUAAGCUAUUAUAAAUAAAUUAAUAAUGUAAUAAAAUUUACAACAUAAUUGACACUAAAUUACCCCACUUUUAAAUCUAACUAUAUAUUGAUGUGUAUGGUUAUAGUAGUAUUGAUGGUAAUGAAAGUUUUUUUUUAGCAAUAUUGGAAUUACCUUUUUAAUACUCUUUUUGCCUAUCUACUUCCUUGGGUAAAUCAUUAUAAUAAUGUUCUGGAUAUAAUAAUAAAUAGUUGAUUCGCAAAUCAUUCUUAAAAGAAAUUAGUCAUUCUCAAGAAUAAGUUAAUUUUGAAAUAUGGAGUACAACUAAUUAAGAAUUUUCUGAUGAAGCCUAUUUAUUUAGAAAUGUCUAACUGAUUUUAGAUAGAUGUUACAAAACUUGUAAGACUUGCUCAGGUCAAGGAAAGGAAUAGUGUUUAACUUGUUAUAAUGACAUAAGUUUGAGUUCUAGUAAUUCAUGUGAUUCUUGUAAGGAUCAAACAGUUUAAAAGUUCCUUCAAAUUCCAGAUGGAUGUAAAGAUAAAUGUGAUAAUAAUAAAGAUUAUGAUGAAGAUUAUGUCUGUAUUGAAGAUAUAAGUAAUCAUAAUUAAUAGUAUUUUUUAGAUCUUUAAGAUAAAUGUGAAGAUAAUUGCCUGAAAUGUACUAGUACAUAAAGUUGUUUAAUUUGUAAACCUUAAAAAUAUCUCUAUUUUGGAUAAUGUAUGGAUUAAUGUCCAGAAUACACAAAAAUAUAUGGAACUAAUUGCUUAAGCAUUGUUGAUAUUAUUUCAAAAAAUAACAAUUUAAGGGUUAAACAAUUAGUAAGAGAAUUUUAUGAUCUAUCAACAACAAAAAGCUCUACUGAUACAAUAUUUUAAUUUAUUUCAUCAUCUCAUUCAUUUAAUUUCUAAAAAGGUGAUGCUAUUUAUUAUAGCUACUUUUCAAAUAAAAGAAUAUUUGGAGGACCAUUAGUAUGGGUUAAUGGUGCAUUUAAAUUUACAAAAAAUUGGACAGAAGAGUUUUAAUUUAUUAGAAUAUUUUUUGAAGUGAUUUUAGGGGAUAUUUAAUUAAAUAACAAUAUAUUUACAUAUAAAUUAAAUGAUCAAUAAUUAGAAACAAUAACUUUAAAGGAAAAUUAUUCAGGACAGAAUCCAAAUAUAUAGGAUCAAAUAUGGCCUAAUGACUAUAAAUUCAAUAUAUAUCAAGUGGAUAAAUCUAUACAUUAUUAAAUGUCAACAAAUAAGUAAUUAACUAUGGAGAUUAAAUGUUAAAAUAAUCAUGAACUUGCAUUUUGUGGGAUUUAGAACAUGGUUGUAGUUGGAAUUUUAAAUUGUGAACCUGAAUAUUACUUUGACUAUUAUAAUUAUGAAAGUGAUAGAAAUCCUUGCAUUCCAAUUUGUGGUGAUAAAAUAAUUGUUGGAGAUGAAGAAUGUGAUGAUGGUAAUAAUGAUCCUUUUGAUGGAUGUUUCAAUUGUAAAUAUUAAUGUGAAGAGCAUUGUGAUAAUUGUAUAUAUGGUUACUGUUUAAGAAAAAAAACCAUAUAUAGACAAAGUUCUUUUAAAAUAGAAAUUGAAUAUAAUUUGGCUUACUAUUUAGAUGUUAUUUCAUUAUCUUGUAUAUUUAAAUGUAGUAUAUGCAUAAACAAUCUAUGUUUAUAAUGUAAUUAUGGGUAUUACUUAAACACAUAUAACAAUUUAUGUGAGACUCUUUGUGGAGAUUCUAUCAAUUAAGGUAAUGAAUAAUGUGAUGAUGGUAACUCAGAUAACUAUGAUGGUUGUUCUAAUUGUGAAUUGAUUUAAUAUGAAAAAUGUGAUAUAGAAUAGGAUAUCUAAAAAUAUCAUUGUGCUGUCUGUUACUAUGGUAAAUGCUUAAAAUGCAAUGAAGGAUAUAUAUUAAAUGAUGAUCUUUGUAUUUCAAUAUGUGGGGAUGGUUUAAUUAAUCCAAUAGAAGAAGAAUGUGAUGUUUAAAGUGGAGAUGGAUGUAUUGAUUGUAAAAUAUAAAAUGGUUAUGUUUGUGGUAAAUAAGACUUUUCAACUUGUAAGACAUGUGAUAAAGAGUGUACUUAAUGUGUAAGUUUAGAUAGGAUCAAUUUAAUUUGUAAAUCAUGUAUUGAUGGGUAUUACAAUGUAGAAGAUAAAUGCUUAUAAUGUGAUUCAAAUUGUAUUAAUUGCAAAUUGCAAUCAAAUUUAUGUACAUCAUGUUAUCGACCUGAUUGUGAUUUUUGUGAAUCAAUCCCUGGUCUAUUUGCAGAUAUAAAAACUAAAUAAUGUAAUUCUAUUUGUGGUGAUGGAAUUUUAGUUGAAUCAUAUGAGUAGUGUGAUGAUAAUAACCAAAAUAAUGGAGAUGGCUGUGAUUCUUAAUGUAAUUUAGAAUUCUCAGAUAAUGAAAUUAAUAAAAUGAAGUAUUAUUUAUCCUAAACUAAUAAUACUUAUGAUUUGAAACUAAACUCUGAAUAUCAAUUCAAAAUUUUAUGCAAUACUAUUAAUAUAAUCAUAGACAAUAUGGAUAUUUAAGAUUACAACUAUAAUUGUACUUAAGUAGAUGUAUUGACUUGUAGUUUAAAAUUUGAUUUUAAGAAAUCCAUCUAUAAAUUUAAUACAAUUCAUGCAAAAUUAUUGUAUACAAAUUCUAUAAACAGAAUACUUUCUGAAAAUGAUAGAAGUAUUUUAUAUGAUAUCACACCAAAUGAGUAUAUUGUUUUAAAUAAUAAUGAAAAAUCAUAAUAGGAAUAUAUAUCAAGUGCUCAAGACUCUUUUAGUUUAAUAUUUUUAAUCAUGAUACCUAUAUCAAUUGUUUUAAAUCUUUUUAAUUAUCUAUGGGCGGUUCUAGAAAUAUUAAGUUGGAUCAAUAAUUUCUAUUUUCUUAAUGUUAAUUAUCCUUUCAAUGUGGAAUUAUUCUUCUUAAGGAGUGAUUGGUCAAACCUCAUUGGUUUUCCAACUUAUUAAGGAUUGAAUCAACCUGAUAGUAAUUAUUACUUUGAAGCUCCAAAAAGAUUCAAAGAUAAAGGAAUUGAUCCAUUAUUCUUUAACAACAUAUAAGUUCCAUUUAUGUUUUUACUAUCUUCUAUCAUCAUAUUCAUAAUAAACUAUUUACUUUAUUUAUUCUUUUCUCUACUUAAUGAUGCCUUGAAAAUAAAAAUAACUAUAAAAAAGGAGAAACAUUUUAGUAUUUUUAAUAUUUCAAUUAAAAAAUAAAAUCGGUAAAACUCAAUCAAAGUCAAUCAAUAAAUGACAAUAUAAAAUCCAUAUUUGAAAUACAUAACAAAUCUGUUAAAAUAGAAUUCAGUACAUCUCUUAAAUUAAUUUAAAUAAACAAUUUCAUUAUGUUUAUUGGAUAUUACAUUAGCAAUUCUACUUUAAUUAUCAUAUUCAAACAAUAAUUCAAAUAUCAUUGUAGGUUUAAAUCAAUUUUUUGCAAUUAUCACAAUUGGGAUUAUAAUAUUUUAAUUGUUUAAACAAUAUUCAAUAUUAAAUAUUCAUAAGCUUCAAGCUAAAAAUAAGCAUUUUGUGGAGAGAUAUGGAAUUUAUUAUGAAAACAUAAAUCCUGAAAAUUCAUUUGGAUAUUAUUAUUAAUUUUUUGGGUAAAUCAACAAAAUCUUUUAUAUCUUCUUCAUGGUUACUUACUACUAUACUCCUCUUAUGUAAGUAACUUUAUGCUAUAUAUCCUCAUCUUUUUGUUUUGUUUUCCUAUUAUAUUAAAAUCCCUAUAAUUCCAAGAAGGAAUAUGUAAUGGCAAUAAUAUCAAAUUUUUGUUUAAGUACCAUUAUAUUAAUAACUAUUUCAUUUGCAAUUAAUGAUGAAAUAACUGUAGAGUUUAUAGAGAUAAACAAAAAUAUUUUAGGUUGGAUAAUUAUUGCUUUAGUCUUAAUAGCAAUAUUAAUUGAAUUUUUUGUUCUGGCUUUUGGAGUACUAAUGUAUAUUUUCAAUAUUUACUCAAUUUUAUUGAAUCAACUAAGAAAUUAUAAAAAAAAAAAGGAAUAAAAUGAUUAAAAUUAAGUAUAAUAAUCAUAAUAGAAAGAAAAAAAAUUUGAAACUACAAAUAAAACUACUAAAUAACAAAGUGAAUUUAAAUCAACAAAUUCAAACUUUUCUAUUGUAUUAUUUUGA